AUGUCUACAAAGUGUGUAAAAUGCAUAGUUGUAAAAACAAAAGACGGCGUAAACCAAACUGUUAAAUGUUAUCAUUGUGAAUAUUUAUUUCACGCUAAAUGUGUUAAUAUUGAUGAAGAAAUAGUGUCGAUACUGAACAGUGAAAAUAGCAUUAAAUGGUUUUGUGAAAAAUGUCUGAAAGCCAAAGAUAAUACAAAGGAAUUGACUCAGUUAGAAACAAUUAAAACCAUGAUCACUAAAAAUGAUGAUAAUUUGACUGUGUUGGAAAAACAGGAUAUAAAAAUGGUCGAUGAGAUUUGCAACCUCAAAAGUGACUUGAAAGCUUCAUGGGCGAACAUCGUUGAGAAAAAACAUUACGAAAAAUCCAGUGAAAUAAAAGAAGGAGAAAGAAAUCUAGUGAUUUUCAACUUACCAGAAAAAGAAAAUCAAAACGAUCGUGAACUUAUGAUGAAGAUAUUCAAGCAUAUUUCAAAAGACAUGUCAGAUAAUGGUAUUGAGAAGGUCUUUAGAUUGGGUAAAAAAAAUGAAUCGGUGAUUCGUCCGGUCUUGAUAAAGUUAGAUAGUCUAGGUACGAAGGGAGAUCUUUUAAAGCAUGCUUCUAAAAUUAUGUCAUUGAAAGAUAACUUAAAGAACAUCAGAUUGUGUAAUGAUUUGACGCGCGAGCAAAGGAGUGAACUGAAGAAUUUGGUGACUGAUGCUAAAGCGAAAGAGGCGGCAUGUCAACGAGGUUUUUUAUACAGAGUAAGGGGGACGGUUGGAAGGUGUAAGAUCAUAAAGUUCAUGAAGGGGACGGAAAAUUAG